AUGGCGCUCCGCUUCUUCCUCGGAGCGUUCGAAGCUGCUUAUGCGCCUGGCAUUAUCUACCUCCUGUCAUUUUUCUACCUUCGGAAUGAAGUUGGGCUCAGGUGCGGCUUGUUCGCAUCAGCUGCGCCAAUUGCGUCGACUUUCGCAGGUGCCCUGGCUUAUGGAGUGCUGCAUGGUCAUUCUUCGCUCCGCAAUUGGCGGCUUUUGUUUUUGGUUGAGGGUCUCCCGACAAUCUUGAUGGUUCCCUUUGCAUUCUUCUUCAUUCCAGAUUCGCCCAGCAAAGCAAGAUUCCUCAAUUCAAAAGAAAAGGCCAUCGUCCGGUCUCGCGCUGUACGUCAGACCGGUACUGUCGAUAGACUGGGAAGUCUGAGUUUGGGCGAGCUUGCCUGUUCACUUUCAGCUGACAGCGAGGCAGAUAACCAAGGCAGUGAUUCACGCCGCGGCGCUGGUCUUGUCCUCAUAAAUGUGGUCGGGCAGUGUGGACCUGUACUUGGAACAAGGCUUUACCCCAAGUCUCAAGCUCCCCGGUUCGUCAAGGGAAUGAGCAUCUGCGCCGCGUUCAUGUUCUGGACUUUCUUCAUGGCGGUAGCGUUGCGAUUCCUAUUAGUAUGGGAAAACAAGAAGCUUGACCGACAAUAUCCGAAAUCAAAGGACGAAAAGGAGCCCGGACAAGAUGCCAUUGCAGCUGAAAAUUACGGCCCAAGCUUUCGCUACGUCUUGUAA